GAGAACAAACACAGCAGAAAAAAGGAGGGGCGCGGGGGGCGCACAAAAAACACAAACGGAUCGGGAAAAGGGGGGAAGCAAACGGACGGACAGACCAAGAGAAGGGAGAAGCGGAAGACGGAGAGGAGAAAAGGCAAGGGCAGCUACUAUGAACUCCCGCAAACAGAACGUGCCCUCUUUGACGAUCGACAGGCGAGGACGAUCAUUCGACGGAAGCAGUACUCGGGGCAAGUUGGUAGGGGUGGUGCUCACGGGGAGGGGAAGUCAAUGCGCCAGUGGCAGACGGGAUAAUCUGAUGCCACAGGGCCCGGAUCGCGACGCGGUGGCAGCGGCUUGGGCUCCCGAUCUCACCCUUGCUUUGCGAGUUAAUGUGCCUCCUCUUCCUCCUCUUCCUCCUCUCCCUCUCGAUCUGCAUCUCGAGCAGUCGGCGACUCAUUCCACCAACUCGAGUGCAAAUCGUACGUUCAAGCACUACCGCAGCAAGUCAUCCCCAAUCCACGGCCUGAGUCAACCCCCUCCGGAUCCCGACGAGAAAGCGAUAACCCUAGCAGGAGGAAGAGGAUUAAGACGAGGAGGAGGAGGCGGCGGUGGCGGAGGAGGAGGAGGAGAAUUGAGGGGAAAAAAAGGAGGUAGUCGUGACCACAGCUCUCGAGGAGGAGGAGGAGGAGGAGGCGGCGGCGGAGGAGGAGGAGAAUUGAGGGAAAAAAAAGGAGGUAGUCGUGACCACAGCUCUCGAAGAGGAGGAGGAGAAGGAGGAGGAGAAGGAGGAGGAGGAGGCGGCGGCGGAGGAGGAGGAGAAUUGAGGGAAAAAAAAGGAGGUAGUCGUGACCACAGCUCUCGAGGAGGAGAAGGAGGAGGAGGAGGAGGAGGAGGAGGAGGAGGGAAUCUACCGCGCAGGUCAACGAACCGAUCACUUCCAUCGUUGAGAAGACGUAGGCAUUGCUCUUCCCGUCUUCCUCCUUGUCCUCCUCCUCAAAACGGGCCUCUUUCCACUUCAAUCGGGCCCCGCUUACGUGGCGGCGUGAUCGGGUUCGACAUCGACAAGGGUCGUGAAGUGCUCCAGCUGGCAUUGGCGAGUGGGAAGAAGAGCAGGCAAGUGGUGGUCCCCUCUCCCGAGUGUCCUUCGAUUGUGGUUCGAGACGCGCCAUCGCCCACCGCUGAUCUUGUGGGAGCCAGUCAGCGGUUCAUGAUGGUGUUGAUGGUCGCCGCCGCGACAGCUGUCCCGUCAGCUGCGGCGCCGGCGAGCGCGCCGGCGACAUCGGCGGCCGCAGCGAAAGGUGUUGAUUGCCCAGCAGGCGGAGUGCCGCCCUCGACGACAUCAGGGGGGUCUCGAGCGCAAGCUCGGGAUCGCAAUGCAGAUCUUCUGGACUACCACAUCGGCGUCCCGCUCGGUACCCCGUCCUCGUCGCCACAGCAGGAGCCUGAGAAGGCCGGGAUGAAAAGGGAUCAGCAUCGCCCGUACCACCUCCACCUCCCACGCGGAGAUGACCGUCCCACAACAACGACGGUCGCUUUGGCUGCAGCUGCAGCUGCAGGUCCUCUUCCUGCUCACGUCCAUGGACAUGCAGGACACGAUGGCAAUCUACUUCCCGCUCCUUGUCUGGACAAGAACAUGAAAGAUGCGGACAAAGGUAUCAAGGAUAAAGGCAAGGAUAGGGAGGGGGAGGGUGGAGAUAAGGGACAGCGGGACGCGUACAGGGAACAGCGGAAGGGACGGGGCCGGAGGGAGAGGCGGGCCACCGAGGGGGUCAGUUCGACUUCGACGACGAGGCCGCCGCCUGGAGAUGAUGGCCAAGAAGGACGACGAAAGGGAGUUCCAGGUGAUAGUGAUGGGGGUGCUGAUGGGGAUAGUAGAAGGAGUAGAGGGGCAUCUUGGAUAUCGAGUAGUAACGACAAGCAGGACGAGAGUUUGUCCGCCGGCAGCUCACUGACAGACGUGUGUCGCUUUCACUCAUGCGUGACCUCUCUGUACGAGUCGGCGGAGUUCCGCCGAUCAGAGACAUCGUCGCCGAUUUCACGAACGAUGGCAGAGAGCGGACGGCAGCUCGACGAACGCGAGGCGCGCAGCAAUGGCUCCGAUCGAGGCAAUCGCCAUAGCUACCGCCGGCCUCUCAACGAGCACGCGCAUAUUAGCCGGCGCCACUCUCGCAUCGACUUCCUGGGAGAAACGAGCAGCGGGAGAGUGGGAAGCGACGCCGAUCGGCUGUUGCAGAGAGCUCCGCAGCAGCAGCAGCAGCAUCGCGAGGAUCACGUCGGGGGCGGGGGGUAUAGUUACGCCGCCGGCAGUAGCUAUAGCGGCGGCGGGGGGGGGGCCGGGUGUAGUUAUACCGGUGGGAAUAGCUGCAAUGGAGCGGGCUGCAGCAACUACAGUGGCGGGUACAGCAGUACGAGCUAUACCGGGUACAGCAAUCAAGGGAGCAACACAGCGCGGGCGGCGCCGUUUUACGCCGCUGUGGACCUGCGCAAGCUUUGUGUCGGCUCGCUGUCGUUCGAAACGCCACGUGGCAGGUUUCAUCAAGCACUUUACGACGGCGGCAUCGUGUCCGUGAAACUACUUCGAUGCAGAUGGAACGAUCAACGGCCGCCUCGGACACCCGCCGAUCGCCGCGCAGCGGCGCCGCGCGAGCGUAUCGACGGGAAAGACCCCGUGUCCUCCUCGUCGUCCGACACGUGUCACCGGCCCUCUCAUAACCGUCGCCGCCUCAGCUCUGGCCGUAGCCUGCAGCGAGUAUCGUCCGACCCCAGCCCCUAUGCUCACCGCCUGCAAGUCGAAGGGCCGAUGCGCAGCCCCCAUGCCGGUAAAGACCAUGCCACGACGGACAUCUGCAGUCGCGAUCGGGAUGACCUUUCCCAAAACAACAAGGACGUGAGAGGAGGGGGGCCAAUCCCUCAGAGACAGGGGGGCAAAGUUGAGGAGACGAGAUCGGCAAUCAGCAGUGCUGCUGCUGCUGCUGCUGCUACUGCUGCUGCUCCAGGCGAUACGAGGGAUGAGGAGGCGGCUAGACUGCAGUUCGCGCGGGAGAUGAGAGUUCUGAGCCAGCUGCGCCACAGAAACAUCGUUAACUUUACUGGUGGUUUCUGCAAACCCCCUUUUUAUGGAGUUGUGACUGAGCAUUUGGGGCAGGAGACGCUUCGGGAACUUCUCUCCCGGAAAAGACCCCGUCUACCCCCUUUGAAGAGGGCGCUGAUGAUGGCUCAAGACGUCGCAGCAGGGGUGGCCUACAUUCACAGCCAGGGUUUCGUUAUGGGAGGGCUGACGUCAGAGAUCCUCUUCGUCACAGCAGAUAGGCACGUGAAGGUAGGGAACGACGGUCAGGAACUCGAAUUUUGGGACUGCACAUGGGAACCAAGACGAACCAGAAGGGGAGUAGAGAUGUCAAUACCGUCGAGCAAUGAAUGGAAAGGGACCACAUGUGAUUGGCGGGCGUAUGAGAUUGUGCCGAAACUAUCGUACCUUUGGGUAAAGCGUAUCUCGAAUCCGUUGAGGGAAGAGGAAGGAUGGGAAAAGAUUGCGGAAGGAAGAGUGGAAUCAGUUGGGACAAUCGUUCUCUCGGAACAGGGUUGGCACCUGUUCUGCACGACGCUCGCGGCAGGACAGAACCCGAUGUGGCUUUUAGGGGACGCUGAGGCAAGAGAUCGGCAGGCGGGGGAAAGCUUUGCUAACRAAGGAUGGGAUACGGUCAGCAGUAGAGUCGUGAUGAGAGGAUGGAAGGAAUAUAAACCGCCCGGUGCCCGAAUCAAGACCUGGGUACCCGAGUUCGUGGCGGACUGGUUUGGGGUUUUUUAUCAUGUAACAGAGGUAACCGACACGAUGAAGCGAAUACACGUGAAUUGCACAUGGCUGGCAGGGGAAUUUUAUAGGAAGUCCUUGAAAUACGGACCCUUCCACGGCGAUAGAGCCCGGAAGGUCCUCGUCAUUUUGGACAUCGAAAGGAAUGACCGGCAGGAGGUGGCCCCGAAUACCAGGGAGGCCAUAAUCCGUCGAGAGGUAGCAACAACACCUUGCUAUGUGGAUGAUGUGUUCAAACUGUUCGAAGUAAUGUGGUUUGACUAAGCGCAGGGAAGCUGUGGAGCCAGACAAAUACGACAAAACUGCUAAGAUUAGGGAAUGGGAUGUC